AUGUCGUGGCCGAAACUCCGGGGUGAUGACAGCCUCCAGGCAGGCUAUCGAGACGGUAGACUGAUAGAGGCCCCUCAUUCCCACUUGCCUACCCAUCCAUCCACUAUUAAUCUCUCGUCAUUUCCUACCAAUCCUAAGCAAAGCGACCUCUUCCUCGACUUUGCAUCCGCAACUGCAUACUUGCCUUCCAAACCUUCACCCAACUACUGGCCCGACAACAGCAUAGAUCCCGCAUUGGUUGAUCCUCAACAUCCAAGCUUGGCCUGGGGGUAUCCUACCGAAGGAAAUGCUACCAGCGAAUUCGGAUAUCUGACCACAAAUGCCGCGCCGAUGAGCUUGGGUCAUAGACGAUCAGCAAGCAAUCAGAGCACCAGCCUUUCCACCGGUAGCCCCUCGGAGCCAUCCACCAGGGACUGUUCCAAUGGACCAUUCCAAGGCUCCAGACCUGUGCAGCACUCCCAAGCAGAAUGCGGAAACGACUUGCGAUGCCAAUGGCCAGAAUGCGCCGAGGGGGCAAAGAAAUUCAGCAGCAAGCAUUGUCUCAGGCGACACGUCGAGACUAUCCAUGAGAGACCCGGCGCCUAUGCGUGCGACAUCUGCGGAAGGCGAUUCAAUAGGGCUGACAAUCUGCGCGAGCAUGAGCGGAAAAGCCAUCCCGGCAUGAACUAA